AUGAUCUCUCGUCUAGCUCUUCUCGCCCUCUUUGCAAAUCUCGCUUCGGCUGACUGGACCUGGCCAAACCCAGUAUGGGACGAAAUCGAAGAGAUCACCCAGGUCCAAGGCGGUGUGUUCCGCUCUGGAGUUCUGGACGGUGUGACCCCCUGUGGGUCGUUCCCUCAAUCCGGGAAUAGUGAUCCAUCCAGACAGGCGUCCUCUGAAUGGCUCCUCACUGCAUACCACGACGCGAUCACCCACAACGCCCAAGAAGGCACAGGCGGUGUUGACGCUUCGCUCAUCUGGGAGACCAACAGGGCCCCGAACGGCAGGGCCUUCAACGGUACUUUUGGAUUCAUGUUGAACUACUAUAGCAUCCGAGCCUCCAUGAGCGACUUGAUCGCCCUGGCUACCUAUACGGCUGUCAGAAAUUGCCAAGGUCCUCCCUUGAUCAUGCGCGCUGGAAGAAUCGAUGCGACCGGACCUGCUCCAGACGGCUUUGUGCCAGGGCCAAGCGAUAGUAUCACCACGCUCCUCAGCAAGUUCGCGAAUGCCGGUUUUAAUAAGACCGACAUGAUUCAGAUGGUGGCGUGCGGACACACAAUUGGAGGUGUCCAUGGACAGUUCUUCCCAGAGCUAACUGGCGACUCCAACAGGACAAAUUAUGUUCAUUUCGACACUACGCCCGCGACCUUUGAUAACAAAGCUGCAACGGAAUAUCUCGACGGCACCAGUCUAAACCCGCUAGUGACUGCGCCUGGAGGAAAUAAUUCUGACUUCACCGUCUUCAAUUCCGAUGGAAACUCGACUAUCAAAGCCAUGUCUCAACCAACAAAGUUCCUCUCAACCUGCGGCUCCAUCCUUCAGCGAAUGAUCGAUACAGUUCCUAGCACCGUCAAGCUCAGUGACCCGAUCACACCUAUGAAAGUCAAGCCCCAUGACUUGCAGCUCCAGCUUCUAAGCACGGGUCAGAUUCGGCUGGACGGGUACAUCCGCGUGCGAAGCGAAGAUAGGGGGCUGAGUGAGCAGCCGGCUGUCAGGGUCAUGUAUGCGGACCGAACUGGACAAGUCAACUCGACAAAGAUCGAUACGAUGCCGGUUCGGUUCCAAGGGGGAAUAGGGUCAGGCUUUGAAGCCGUUUUCUGGUUUUACCAAAUCCCAUCGACUAUUCUUCCCAAAGGAAUUUCACACUUCAAUGUUUCGCUCACUAACGUAACUACGAGAGCCGAAACCGUCUACGAUAAUAAUGGGCAUGGGUACCCCGUCCAGGAUAACAUUAUCUUCCAGGCUGCUCAGUCAUGCCAAAUCCUCAACUCGGACGAGAAUGGGAACGGGAAUCUAACUAUGACUGCUGCGGUUCGCGAUGGUAUGGACUUGACUAACCCUUCCUUGAACGUUGUGGUCAAGGUCCCGCGCGCAAACAGCGUCGUGCCGGCGUUGGUUAUCAGGACUGUCCCUAUGAAGCUUUUACGAUCUACCGAGUUUGGAUACUCCCUCUACAGUGGAUCAUACUCCCUUCCGACUGAAUCCUGGUCUACCACGGCAGAUGUGCGGGUUGAAGGUCCAAAUGGUGUCAAGUACGAAGACGGGUUCAAGAAGACGAGCGCGUUUAAUGAUCAAUGUGGUGAAUUUUAG